CACCCCGACGGUCGCUUUAGGGAGGCUGGGGACUCUCAACCCUGCUUUUCCCGGGUUAUCAAAGCCUCCCUCCCUGGGCAGCAACCAUGGCGGCUCCCGAUCUGUCCGCGAACCUCCAGGAGGAAGCCACCUGCGCCAUCUGCCUGGACUACUUCACGGAUCCGGUGAUGACCGACUGCGGCCACAACUUCUGCCGGGAGUGCAUCAGCCGUUGCUGGGGACAGGCCGAGGGCCCGUUCCCGUGCCCGGAGUGCAGAGAGAUGUCCCCGCAGAGGAACCUGCGGCCCAACAGACCGCUGGCCAAGAUGGCCGAGAUGGCCCGGCAGCUGCACCCGCCGUCGCCCGUACCCCAGGGCUUGUGCGGGAAGCACCGGGAGCCGCUGAAGCUCUUCUGCGAGGAGGACCAGGCGCUGCUGUGCCUAGUGUGCGAGCGCUCCCGGGACCACUGGGCCCACCGGGUGUCCACCGUGGAGGACGCCGCGGAGGACUACAAGGGAAAGCUGGAGAAAUCGCUGGAGCACCUGAGGAAGCAAAUGGAAGAAGCCCUGCAGUUUCAGACCCAGGGAGAGGAGACCUGUAUUAUUUGGCAGAAAAUGGUGGAGAGCCAGAAACAGAAUGUUACCGCCGAGUUUGAGAAGCUUCGACAGUUCCUGGCUGAGGAAGAGCAGAGGCUCCUGCAGAAGCUGGAGGAGGAAGAAAGUGAGACUCUGCCUAGGCUCAGGGAGAACACGGCUAAGCUGAUUCAGCAGAGCCGUUCCUUGGAAGAGCUGAUCGCAGAGCUGGAGGAAAGAUGCCAGCGUCCUGCCUUGGGCUUGUUGCAGGAUGUCAGAGAAGUACUGCAUAGGAGUCAGGAUGUGAAGUUGCAGCUGCCAGAGGUCGUUUCCAUGGAGCUGAGGACGGUAUGCAGGGUUCCUGGGCUGGUAGAGAUGCUGAGGAGAUUCAGAGGAGAUGUCACUCUGGAUCCAGAUACAGCAAAUCCUGAAUUGGUCCUCUCUGAAGAUGGGAGAAGUGUGAGAAGGGGGGAUGUACGGCAAGCAUUGCCCGACAGCCAGGAGAGAUUUGAUCCUGGUCCGUGUGUGCUUGGUCGUGAAAGCUUCACUUCUGGGAGACACUAUUGGGAGGUGGAGGUUGGGGAGAGGGUUAAUUGGGCUCUGGGAGUUUGUAAAGAAAAUGUGAACAGAAAGGAGACAGGGGAGUUGUCUGCUGGCAAUGGAUUCUGGAUCCUUGUGUUCUUUGGAAACUAUUACUAUUCUCCUGACCAGACCUUCAUACCGCUUAGAGAGGCUCCCCGGCGAGUGGGGAUUUUUCUGGAUCAUGAGGCUGGACAUAUCUCAUUUUAUAGUGUAACUGAUGGAUCUCUCUUAUUCAUGUUCUCCCAGAUAACCUUCUCUGGGACACUCAGACCCCUGUUCUCCCCCAUAUCCUGUAGCCCAAUCCCUAUGACCAUCUGCCGGGUAAUAGGAGGAGCUGAGGAAUCUUUUACCUCCUGAUGAUUCCUCUGACAUUUUGACUCAACUCAUCUUUUGCAAUCAGGAAGUCUUAAGUUGCCUAGGCACCUUAUGGUCCCAGGGCUAGUCCUUUCCAUUUGUCUCAGCAAUUAAUUCAAAAGGAUGUGGAGACUGUAAAGAAAGAGAUCCUUUUUAUUUUAAGUUCAUGAAUAUGGACUUUAUACCACUGAGAUAAAUAGUUUGGUGCCAAAACAUUAAGCUUUCCAAUAUUUGUAUGCACCCUAUCCAAACCAUUGGUUUUCCCCAAGUGGUAUUGAGGGAAAGAUUUUUGAGCUGAGUCAUUCAAUCAGGAUUCUAAUCCUAACUUUUCUUCUACAAGGUAGCUGUGUGACUGUGGGAAAAAUCAUUCCAUCUCUGGAUUUCGUGGUGAAAUUUAGACCAGAUAAUGUCUGAAGUCCUCACUGUCUUUAUAAUCUCAUUUUCACACCAAAUGUCAAAAGUGAUCUUUAGAUGCAGAGAAAUCUUUAAGGUUUUAGUAUGAGCAUCAGUGUGAUUGGGGCCUGGACUACUGAAAUGUCUUUUGGGCCUAGUGCUGCUACAGAAAUGCUGGGUGUCCUUGAUUUUACCAAACAAGACCUGCCUGUGGAGAAAAGCCAAGGCAUCUAAGCUGUAUACAGACCUAAACUUUAGAGACCUGGUGUCAGCUGCUCCAGACCCAGCUUUGACAUAAAAUGAGUUAUCUCUCCUGGCAAGUCACUUAACCUCCCUGGUACUUAGUUUCCUCACAUAUAAUAGAAGCAUUAGAUUAUUUCAAAGGGUACUUUCUGCUUUAGAAGUCAUUCAUCCCAAAUAAUCAAGAUAAGACAUAAAGCCAAAAGAGUCUUCAUAAAGAUAAUAGCUAUGUAAAUGGCAAUUAUCUUUUUAUCUAAAUACUAUGUAAAAGACAUUUAUAUGGGGAAUAAGUAUUUAUAUAGUGGCUAUUACGUGCCAGGCACUGUACUAAGCAGUUUACAGUUAUUAUUUCAUUUGA